AUGGCCAAGAACCAUACGGACCUACAGGACGCUCUGCUUGAGUCCUCCGGGUACCUGGCGGAUCUGUUGGCUCGUUGUGCCUUUAUUGAAGACCAGUUCUAUCGCGACAUCCAAGCAGCCAUAGCAAAAGCCGAAAAAGAAAAAUCGAUGAUCCGGGUCUAUGUGGCAAUACUACAGUACUCCGCCAAAGUGUGCAGGGCUCAACAUUUUAGCAUGGGGAGACACUUUGUGGAGAGCAUAGCGGCUGUAGCGAGCCAGCAACUCGCACAGCUCAAGACCUCGAUCGAGGCGGAGGAGUCCCAUCUACAUCACUGGCUGCUUCUCGAUCAGCAUCUCCACCGGCAAGCCGAGGCAGAGGCCAUUCUGACUCGGAUCGACACUCUGGUGUCGAAAAUUGAAACUGUGCACAAAGCAGUUGACAUGUUGAAUCUUCCUUCUGCUGAUGGAGCGUUUUUUGACUCCUUUAAGGACCAACAUGAGGACGAAUGUCUUCCUGGGACGCGAAAAGAAUUGCUUCAACAAGUGAAGGAGUGGGGAAGGUCAAGUGACAAAUCCAUAUUCUGGCUGAGUGGAAUGGCAGGGACUGGAAAGUCCACUAUUGCGAGGACGGUAGCUCGAUCGUUUAAAGAAGAUGGCAUGCUCGGGGCAACUUUCUUUUUCAAAAGAGGCGAGGGAGACCGGGGCUCAGCUGAAAAGUUAUUUCCCACCAUUGUGGCGCAAUUAGCAGUCCACAUUCCUCAAAUGAUUGUCGGCAUCCGAAAAGCUAUCGAUGAUGAUCCAGCCAUUGCGAGAAAAUCGCUUCAGGAGCAGUUUGAUAAACUUAUGCUACAGCCAUUGCUCGCGGUGGAUCGGAGCCAGUCAAGUACUUCGCCAGUGGUAGUCAUCGACGCCCUAGAUGAGUGCGAGCGGGAGGAAGACGUGGCAGUCAUCCUCGAACUUUUACCAAAGGUCGAGAAGGCAACAUGCCUGAAGCUCCGAUUCUUCUUGACGAGCCGGCCAGAGGCAACCAUUCGCUUCGGGUUUGAUCAAAUUGAUCAGGGCGAGUAUCAGAAUACGAUCUUACAGAACUUGGAUAAUGAGGUGAUAAGACACGACAUUACCCUAUAUCUCAGAGAAGAAUUCCGCCGCAUCAGACAAAAGCGUCAUCGUGAUCUUCCUCCCGAUUGGCCUGGUGCGGCAAGAAUUGACGGUCUAGCUGCAAUGGCUGUUCCAUUGUUCAUCUUCGCAGCUACGGUGUGUCGUUUUGUGGCUGAUAAGAGAUGGAACCCUGAAAGACGACUGCAGCAGUUCUUUGAAGAUUCGCUCGGAUCCAAAAUGGACAAAACAUACCGACCAAUCUUAAAUCAGCUGCUUGCCGAGGAUGAGAACGACACGGAUCAGCUGGUGGAGGAAUUCCAGAAGACAAUUGGCGUGAUUGUUCUCCUGGCUACUCCACUCUCGUUGAGUGCUCUUACGGAACUUCUCGAGAUGCCAGAAGAUGACAUCAGUACCCGGCUAGACGCAUUUCAUUCGGUUCUGACCAUACCUGACGAUCCCAACCUACCCAUACGAGCUCUCCAUCUGUCCUUCCACGACUAUCUGGUGGAUAAGCGUACGAAAGCCCAAGAGUCCACGUCUCGGUUCUGGGUAGACACGAAGAAGAAGCACGAGUUCAUAGUUGGACAGUGUCUCGCUGUUAUGCGUCGUCUGCUUAGGAAGAAUAUUUGUAACUUGCCCAGUUAUGGAACCAGCCGAAGCGAGAUAGACUCUGCCUCCAUAGCAAGAUUUCUCCCACCUGUCCUGCAGUACACCUGCCGUUAUUGGGUUUACCAUCUCGCCCAAAGCUCCCUCCCCGCCCAGGUCAUUGACCAAAUACUCGUGUUUCUCGAAGAGCACUUCCUUCAUUGGCUGGAGGUAAUGGCUAUAUCAGGGAUAAUAUCCGAAUGCUUGAACGCUCUGGACACAUUACUUGAGUUGACAAAGGAUUCAUUGAAAACUCCUAUAUUUUUGUUCCUCUCGGACGCUCGCAGGUAUACCUACAAGUUUGUAAACAUCGUUGACAUGGCACCGCUGCAGCUGUACAGCUCCGGCUUGGUUUUUGCACCGCAGAGAUCGUUAAUCCGGACGGAUUUUGCGAGAGAGCUUCCUGAUUGGUUAUCCAGAGGCCCAAGAGUGCAAGAGAAUUGGAGUCCAGAGUUGCAAACCUUAGAGGGCCAUUCCGACGUGGUUUGGUCGGUUGCCUUCUCGCGAGAUGGCCAGAUACUUGCAUCGGGCUCUAGUGAUGAAACCAUCAAGCUCUGGGAUCCUGCUACUGGUACCCUCAAGCGUACUCUAGAGGGCCAUUCCGACAUGGUUUGGUCGGUUGCCUUCUCACAAAAUGACCAGAUACUAGCAUCAGGCUCUGCUGAUGAAACUAUUAAGCUCUGGGAUCCUAUCACUGGCAUCCUUAAGCAUACUCUAGAGGGCCAUUCUGAGGGGGUUUGGUCGGUCGCCUUCUCGCCAGAUGGCCAGAUACUAGCAUCUAGCUCUUAUGAUAAAACUAUCAAGCUCUGGGAUCCUAUCACUGGCACCCUUAAGCAUACUCUGAGAGGGCCAUUCCAAAGAGGUGUGUCUAUCAAGCUCUGGGAUCCUGUCACUGGCAUCCUUAAGCAUACUCUAGAGGGCCAUUCCGAAGAUGUGUGGUCGGUCGCCUUCUCACCAGACGGCCAGAUACUAGCAUCAGGCUCUGAUGAUGAAACUAUUAAGCUUUGGGAUCCUAUCACUGGCACCCUCAAGCAUACUCUAGAGAGCCAUUCCAAGGGAGUUUUAUCACUCACCUUCUCACAAGAUACCCAGAUACUAGCAUCGGGCUCUCGUGAUAGAACUAUUAAGCUCUGGGAUCCUGUCACUGGCACCCUCAAGCAUACUCUAGAGGGCCAUUCCGACAUGGUUUGGUCGGUCGCCUUCUCACGAGAUGGCCUGCUGCUGGCGUCGGGCUCUUAUGAUAAAACUAUUAAGCUCUGGGAUCCUGCCACUGGCACCCUCAGGCAUACCAUAAGUACGCACAGUUCUGUCACUCACGUUGAAUUUUCUGAGAAACUGCCGUGGCUGAAUACCAACCUCGGAUCUUUCGAUAUUGGGGUCUUCCAUGGAAGCCUUUCCUCAAAUCCCUCUGAAAAAGUGGCAGAGGUAUCUCUAGCAGGUCGGUGGGUUACUAUUCAGGGCCAAAGAGAGCUAUGGCUCCCUCCAGAUUAUCAGCCUACCUCCUCGGCAGUCAAAGACAGUACUAUCGCCCUUGGAUGCGCAAAUGGCAGAGUUGCUAUAAUCGCCUUUUCAGUCAAGGAAGGUAUACCGUAUCAAAUAGCGCUUCCAGCUCUCUGA